UAUAACAGCCCUUCGGUGUAACACAUGUGCACCAGCUUCGAACACUACUUGAGGCCUGCCACUGUGGGUGUGCUUGUUAGGUUGUUUUAAUAGUUCUGCUACCAUGGCGAUUGUGUACAUCUACGGUACCCGGCUAUUCGGGUCCUGCGAUUACUUCACUGUGGAGGGGCAGGAGAUGUACGUGCGAACAUUAUUCGACCACUGCAACUCCAUGCCGUAUGGGCCCAAAGAGAGUUACCUGUUCCUGCCAGACGGCUGCGCUAUCGAGCUUCCGGAGGUGGUGGGCAGGUCGGUGGGGUGGGCGUGGCUUCGGUACCUGGCCUGGGAUAGCUUCCUCAUCCUCAUGGUUGUGGCUGUUAUCCAACUAGUAAGGGGACAUUCUGACGAAGUGUGGCCGUGGGCGCUGCUUGGGUUGUCCGUCGUGUGUCUGUUCGCCGCCAUUUUGCUCACUGUCUACAAGCCGAAAGCCAGCGAGAAGAGCAAGCAGCAGUACCUCAACAUGGUCGGCCUGGUGGUGGUGCAGCGGUUCCUACAAGAGCUGGCGGCUGCCGAGGCCGCGGAUCCCGGCGGCCCCGAUCAGGAAGCUGUCCAACUCGUCGAAAUGCAAGAUCAUGGUCACUGAGAGUCAGUUGAUAUUAUGCCAAGAAGGCAGACACCACCUUCACUCUUUACAUGCAUCUAUGCAGCUGCCAAAUUGCUCGACAUUGCUAGGGUUAAAGUGUAUGGACAAUAUUCUUGUGUAUUAUUCUUGUGUGUUCAGCUAUACUAUGCUGGUUUCAUUGUUUUCAUGUGUAACUUGUUGUCACAGGGCAUUCCUGAAAAGCAGUGUUUUUAAAUAGCACUGAGGUCUCUACCCUGUUCAAAUAAAACAGAAAUAGAUAAAUAAAUCAAUAUUUAUCUCACGUGUACCACAUUUGGUGCUUUUAGACAAAAGUGCACAAUUUUUCAGCCAUGACACUGGACAAUGAACGAUACGGUCUGUAAAGUACCGUGCCGUGUUACGUUCCGGACUUCGCGCAAGUGCAGUACGUUCUGCUGCCGACGUAGUGUUGGGUUAGUGACUUCUAUGCCCCACGUGCAGGUAUGUGUAAACAAUCGUCAACAGAAAGCUGUAAGGCAGACAACUCGGACGUUCCACGCUACAUAAAGUAGUUUGGCGGCAAGACAGCCCACUAUUUCUAGUUCUGAUAACCCCCACACUGGAAUACAGCCACCACCAUGAUCCUCAUCAUCCGAUACGGGACCAGGCUGUUCGGAAAGUCUGACUAUUUCAUGGUGGACGGGCAGGAGGCCUUCGUUCAAACCAAAUUCUACCACUGCUCGUACAUGCCCUGUGCGCCGGAAGA